AUGUCGGCGACGGUGGCCGCCGACAAUGUUCUUCCCAUCGUGGCCACCACGACUCCAGCACCAGCGCCGCCAUCUCGGAGCAACACGGUAUCGUCCGCGACCAUGGAGGCAGACGAGCACGAGCACGAUAGCACCUUCGGUGGCGACCGGGAGUCCCUCGCGAGCAGCAGCACCUCCCUCAGAUCCGCAGCCACCAAAUUUCAGUUCGAGAAUGGCAGACGCUAUCAUGGCUACCAGGCCGGGAAGCACUACUUUCCCAACGAUGAAAAGGAGAUGGAGAGGCAGGACAUAGAGCACCAGAACCAGAUCCUGCAGAUGGACGGCAAGCUAUUUCUGUGCCCGUUGGUCGAGAACCCCACCGAGAUCUUGGAUCUGGGCACCGGCACAGGCAUUUGGUGCAUAGACAUGGCCGAUCAGUACCCCGACUGCCAGGUGCUAGGAACAGACCUCUCGCCCAUACAGCCAGGAUGGGUUCCGCCCAACUGCCAAUUCCAGAUCGACGACUUCGACCAUGAGUGGACAUUUGGCUCGAACCGCUUCGACAUGAUCCAGCACCGCUUUCUUGUCGGCAGCGUGAAAAACAUUGGCGAGCUGUAUAAGCGUGCCUUUGAUGCUCUGAAGCCUGGCGGUUCUCUACAAGGUGUUGAGAUCCAAUUCGGCACCUUCUGCGAUGACGAUUCACUGCCAGAAGACGCUGCGCUGAGACAGUGGACGAGCCUGAUGGAGGACGCUUUUGGUAAGAUUGGCGCCAGCCCGCCGAUGGCCGAGGAUUAUGAGCGCUGGAUGCGUGAGACUGGGUUUGAGAACGUGCACAUGCACAUCUUCAAGCGGCCUAUGAACGAUUGGCCUAAAGAUCCCAAGAUGAAGGAGAUCGGCAGGUAUUGCUGUCUCAACUGGCUAGAAGGAGUCGAAGGCUUCACCAUGGCACCUUUCACCCGUAUACUUGGCUGGUCGCCGGAAGAAGUGCAGGUAUUUCUCGCCAAAGUGCGCAAAGAAUCCGUCACGAGGAGGAUACACGCAUAUAUGAAAGGCAUUGUUGUAUGGGGCACUAAGCCACUACACCCGCAGUUCUAG